AUGUUUUCUAGAUUGUUAAAUAGAGGAAACGGUGGUGUAAAUAAAAAUAUAACAUCAGGACUAUUAUUAAGGAGAACAACAACAACAACAACAAGAUUAUCAUAUAUUAAUAAUAGUCCUACCUUAUCAAUUAGAUCAUUUUGUUCAAAAUCAACAACAAUAACAUCAGAUGAAAAGUUAGAUUUAUCAGGUUAUACAACAGAUAGAAUUAGAAAUUUUUCAAUUAUAGCGCAUAUUGAUCAUGGUAAAACAACAUUAAGUACAAAGUUAUUAUCAUUGACAGGUACAUUACCAAAGAGUAUAUAUGGUAGUGGUGAAGAUAGUUUGGUUCAAAAAGAAAAGAGUGAAGAAAGAAGAGAACAAUAUCUUGAUAAAUUACAAGUCGAAAAAGAGAGAGGUAUAACAGUGAAGGCUCAAACAUGUACAAUGAAAUAUCGUAAUAAAGAAGAUGGCAAAGAUUAUCUAUUGAAUCUUAUCGAUACACCAGGUCAUGUUGAUUUUUCCUAUGAAGUUAGUAGAAGUUUAAUGGCAUGUCAAGGCGCGCUAUUGGUGGUUGAUGCAGUUCAAGGCGUGCAAGCUCAAACAAUGGCAAACUAUUAUUUAGCCUUGGAUUCAGGGUUAGAAGUUAUUCCAGUUAUAAAUAAAAUAGAUUUACCAACUGCCGAUGUAGAAAGAGUGAAACAAGAAUUGAAAGAUGCUUUUGGAUUUCAUCCAGAUGAUGCAGUGUUGGUAUCGGCUAAAACUGGUGUUGGUAUCACUGAUAUCCUUCCAGCGGUAAUCGAUCGUAUCCCACCACCUCAAGAACCAACUAAAUCACCCAAAGUACCCUUCAAAGCAUUGUUAUUCGAUUCAUGGUUCGAUAGAUUCAGAGGAGUGAUUUGUUUAAUUAAAGUUGUGGAUGGUAAAGUGAAAAAGGGUGAUUCGAUAGUAUCAGCUGGUAAUAAACAAACCUAUGAAGUAUUCGAUGUUGGUAUUAUGCAUCCUGAACAAAGACCAGCUCCUUCACUAUUCACAGGUCAAGUAGGUUAUAUAACACCAGGUAUGAAAACUAGUAAAGAGGCAAGAGUUGGUGAUACUUUCUACAUGAAAGACUUCCCUGUGGAACCAUUACCAGGUUUUCAACCUGCCAAACAAAUGGUGUUUGCUGGUAUUUAUCCAGUGGAUUCUUUGGAUUACACUCAGUUGAGAGAAUCAUUUGAAAAGUUAAUGUUAACCGACUCGAGUAUAUCAAUGACCAAUGAAACUUCAGUUGCAUUGGGUAUGGGUUUUAGAUGUGGUUUCCUUGGCUUACUUCAUAUGGAUGUGGUUUUACAACGUCUAGAGCAAGAGUAUGGUCAAGUGGUUAUUGCAACACCACCAACCGUACCAUAUAGAUGUUUAUUAACCGAUGGUAAGGAGAUAUUGAUUUCAAACCCUGCUGGGUACCCUUCUGCUGAACAUUUAUCAAAAACUUUUGAACCAAUGGUAACUGGUCAUGUUACAUUACCAACUGAAUAUUUUGGUGCUGUCGUUAAACUUUGUAUGGAUAGUAGAGGUAUUUUAACCAAUCAAGAAACAUUGGAAGGUAAUCGUACCAGAAUCACAUUCAAUUUCCCUUUGGGUGAAAUCGUUACCGAUUUCUAUGACAAUCUCAAAAGAAUUAGCUCAGGUUAUGCUUCUUUGGAUUAUGAAGACAAUGGUUAUCAAGAAUCUGAUGUUGCAAAAGUUAGAGUACUAUUAAAUGGUGAGGAAGUCGAUUCCCUAUCAGCAAUCGUACAUAAAUCAAAUGCUCAAAGAUAUUCUCGUUCUUUGGUUAAACGUUUAAGAAAAGUUAUCGAUCGUCAAAUGUUUCAAGUUAAUAUUCAAGCUAUGGUCGGUAGUGAUGUUCAAGCUCGUGAAACUAUCUCUGCCAUGAGAAAAGAUGUAACUGCAAAAUGUUAUGGUGGUGAUAUUACUCGUCGUAGAAAGUUAUUGGAUAAACAAAAAGAAGGUAAAAAGAGAAUGAAACAAAUGGGUUGUGUUGAACUUAGUCAAGAAGGUUUCCUUAAACUUAUGAAAUCAACAAAUGAUGAUGAUUAA